AUGCCGCGGCCCCGCGUCCCGCCGGUGCUCCGCGCCGCCCUGCUGCUCGGCCUCCUCCUGCACGCCGCCGCCGCCGAGUCGGUGAGAGAAACUGAGACCAUGGACGCCCGAUGGCUUGACUACCCUGCCUCCGGAGGCUUGCCAGAUGACGAAGACAUUGGUGAAUUCAGGCCUCACUUAACUUCUGAUGGGUUAGAUAUAGAUGAGGCAUCAGGGUCUGGAGACUACUCAGACUCUGAAGAUGCCAUAUAUCUGACCACCAUGGAUACUCCUGUGAUAUCUGACAACUAUAUCCCUGGAGAUACUGAGAGAAAGAUAGAAAGUGAGAGGAAAAACACAAUGGUGGACAAUGAAAUCAUUCCAGACAAAGCUAUACCUGUCGAAGAGAACUUGUCCAACAAGAUCUCCAUGGCAAGCACAGCCAACAGCAGCAUCUUUGAAAGAACAGAAGUCCUUACAGCUCUUAUUGCAGGAGGAGCAGUGGGCCUCCUGUUUGCUGUCUUCCUGAUCCUCCUCUUAGUCUAUCGCAUGAAGAAAAAGGACGAAGGCAGUUACGACCUUGGGAAGAAACCAAUCUACAAGAAAGCCCCUACAAAUGAGUUCUAUGCUUAAAGCUCAGCAGCACCUUGUGCCCAUCAAGGGACAAACAGACUAUAUGGAAACACUGUGCCCUCAGAUGAGAUGUGCUGAACAAAUGCUCUUUAUGGAUUGAAUUUCAAAGUGACUUCGAGAAAAAACAAACUUCCUACGUGACCCUUCCCAUCCCGCUCAGCUAACAAGGGCCCAAUGAAAUACAAAGAGUCUGAAAAAAAAACCUCAGUGUAUUUUUUUUCUAAAGCUAGCGUAAAAAGAAUAAAGAUGCCAAAUUUUCUGCUUGGUUUUACAGAGGGUAUAUAAACACAAAACAGACUGUAUGGAAGCAAACACCAUGUGUUUGUAUCCAGUGUGCCGUGAUCAGAUUGGCUGCUUCUACAGAAGAUGGCUUUUUUUAAUAAACCUUGCUAAUAGCUGUCUUGCAGCAGGCUGUUGAUGUGAGGCAUUUUUGUGGAGAACUAUUUAUGAAUCUCUUACACUACAGAUAAUGUUGCCUUAUCAGGGAGUAAAAGGCCCAUAGGGGCUCAAAAUCCCUGAAUGCCAUAAAGGGCCUAUGGGAAUGUCUUCCCCAGGAGACUUCUGUCUCUUCCUGUCGGCCCCAGGCAAGGGUCAUUAGUCCGUGAAAUCAGGACAGCCAGUUUUGUGUGGCUAUGACGACACCCUUUCCUUGCCUUCAGUCUCUUACCUUUUUUUAAGGAUUGCUUGUAGGAUUUUUUUAUAACAAAAUUUUAAAGAAAAUAGCCUGAUGUUUAUAUAAAGUUUGUAGAAAUUGUUUUGAAAUAAUAAUAAUAAAAAAAUCUACUUUUUUAAUUUCCUCAGAUUUAUUUUUUCAAUCCCUUUGUGUUUCCUUUGGCCGGGCAUUUCUCUAGAGAUGUUGUUUUAUAUGAUUCAUAUUCUGAACUGAAGCAGAGUUAGCUACAGUGUGUUACAGGUUUUUUCUAGUUCUAUAGCGGCUAAUGUAGAGGGUAAAGAUAUUUAUGCUUUUCCCAUAACUUUUUUAGGAUUUGAUUUUUUUUUUUAAUAGAAUUAUUUAUAGUUUCUGAAAUGGCUGCUCUUCUCAUUUGGUAACUUUUAUCCUUUUUAUGUAAAACACUAAUAUAAUGAGUCUCUGUGAAAACUAUUUAAGCUUUAUUCUGUGAGUUUUAAUUAUAAAUUCAAGGCAAUAACUUCUAGAAUUAAUCCGUAUGCAAAAUUGGAUUCAUAAUAUGAUUGAAGUAGGGAAAAGACGAGAGUAUUUCUAGCCUGUAAUAUAUUAUAAUCUGUCCUAUAGAGCUAUAUAUUAUAUGUUUUACUAAGAAAUAUACAGUUAAGAGUGAAAAGGCUGGAGUUAAUUCUUCAGCAGCCUUACUGUGUGUAAGAGGCUUGAUCUCAUUUGUACUGCUGUUUGUCCAGUGUCUUGUCUAGAGGGCACGUGGGCUUGUGCUGGGAGCAGCCUGAGCCCCGGGGCUCCGUCGCCGUGUCCCGGGCCGUGCCUGGAAGCAGGCUGCCGUUGGUGAUGUGCCGGGUUUGAUCCUCUGAGUUGGAGCAGAGAUCCCCAUCUGGGGUUGCUCUUUGAAGCAAGCGUUGGAAGCUUGCAGUACGGAGAAAAUAACUUUGUGUUUUGGGGGCUGGCUGCGCUGCAGAGUCCCCUGCGGUACUGUGCCGAGUACCUGUCUCUUGCAGAAGGCUGGCUUUGGCAGCUAGAAGUCCGCCUCGGCGGCAUCUCCCAGCUGGGAGCGCUGAGCUUUCAUAGACUGCUAGCUCUGAACCUCCUGCGGUGGGUUUUUCUUAAUAUAUCAUGUACAUAGCUCCUACCUCUAUGAGACUUAGACCAAUUUCCCCAGUGCUCCUAGAGCGACGAGUAAUGUGCGUGUCCGAUGCCUGUGUUUCAGGAAGGCAUUACAGAACUACUUUGUGCAAGUCGUGUCCUCCUGCAGCUCUUUGAAUCUGGUGUGGUUUAAGACAAAAUCUGAGUGUGGGUCCCCAAACUGAGUAACUGGGCAGGCAGCACAAAACCAGAUGGUUGAGAAGGCUGUUCAGAAAUCUCAUCGACUCCUGAAGCCUCCUUACUGAGGCUUUGUUGUAGGCUUGAGGCCAAAUUCGUAGAGGCGAUAGAACAAAGAAGUUCAGCUUCGGCCAGUGGCAGCUGCUUCUCAGAGCUAGGCAGGCAAAGUGGGGAACGCAGGGGAGCCAUGUAUUGAGACAUCGGUGAGAGAGGACUUUUCCAAAGGGUCCUCCUUCCAGUUUGACUCACUCACUUGGUCCCAGUACAAGCGUGUUCGGGGAAACUGCAGGCUCUGAGAGGCUCUAAAAACUGCACAGAGUUCACUGUAGACUGGGAAGGAGAGGGAGGACUUUACUGGCUAUGGACAGCACUACCAGGAAGGCAGGACUGAUGUCUGCUUCUCGGGAUAUUUAGAUUCUCUUGUGUAAUUGCUCUUGGGGAUUUUCCACUGUUACUGAUUUAUUUUUUUUUGCUCAAAUAAACUGGUACUUUCUAAAACUGUC